GUCCUUAACGCAUGCGUACUGCACAUCAUCAUAUAUGUUGCUACCACGCUUGUAUUGAUCUCACGCUUCGAUAAAAGUAUUAUUUUUAAAAGCAGACGUUUUUUUAGAAGUAAAAUAAGACAGGUAUUUUAUUAGUAUGGGAGGUCAGGCUAAGAACAAGAAGAAAAAUAAACCCAAAAAGAAAGACAACCGUCAAAACAGAGCAGAUGGAGGAUUCGUUGUUUUGUCCCCCCAGGACAAGAUGAAAUUAAGAAUGCACGAGAAAGCCAAGAAGAAAUCUGCUGAAAAGUACUCAGUACAGCAACUCCUGGAGAAGACACAGGAAUGCACUGACAGUUUUGAUUUUGACAUGGCUAGCCUGUUCUGUCAGCGAGCCUUGGACAUUGACGCCAACAACCUGCAAGCCCUUGACAUGCUGGGACACAUCUCCUCUGAAUUAGGAAACACACAGAAAGCUAAAGAAGUUUUUCUUCGAGCUGUGGAGUUGAGUCCAGAUGUUGGUCACAGUAAGUACAUGUACCUGGGACAAAUCCACACUGGCCAGGAGGCUGUGGACUACUACACCAGAGGAAUACAAGUCCUUCUCUCUGCUUUAGAGAAACAAGAAGCAAUGGCCGGAGCAGCCGCGAAGAAGGAUGAGGACCACGAGCUCCCUACAGCAAAGGAUGUCAGUGUGGCGUACUGCUCCAUCGCUGAGAUUUAUCUAACAGACCUCUGCAUGGAGGAGGGAGCUGCAGAUAAGUGCAGAGAGUUCAUUGAAAGAGCAUUACACUAUCACCAUGACAACCCGGAGGCUCUCCAGCUUAUGGCCAGUUACCUGUUUAGUACAGAGAAAAUCCAGGAAGGUAAAGAAUACCUGUUGAAAAGCGUUGGAACGUGGCUGCCUGCACAGAAACAAAGUGCAGCAUCCUCCAGCACAGAAGAAGACGCGCAGAACGAGGUCCCUCCGUACGAGUCUCGCAUCACCGCCGCCAAGCUGCUUAUCGAGUCCGAGGAAUACGAGACGGCCGUAGAUGUGUUGGAGGGUCUCCUGGAGGAGGAUGAUGAAGUUGUGCAGGUGUGGUAUCUGUCUGGCUGGGUGUGCUACCUCCAGUGGGAAAAAGCAAAGGAGCAGCAAGAAAGAGAAGGAAGAGGAGUGACGGAGGAGGAGCAGGAGGAGUGGAAGGCAUUACAGGAAGCUGCUAGAUCGUACCUGACCAAUUCUAAAAAGCUGUACAAUAAGUUACAAUGUGACGACCAGCCCAUGUUGGAACAUGUGGAGCAGCUGCUGGGAGAACUGGGAGGAGAAAUGGAGGCAGAGGAGGGCGAGCCAGCCUUGGAGGAUGACUAUGAACCUUGUAGUGAGGAAGAGGACGACGAUGCCGAGGCCCCAAUGGAGCACUGAAGGACUGCACUCAUGAUAUCACUGCUCGUUGUGCUUCCCUGUAGUUUUUUUGUUCUCUCUUAAGUGCCUUUUAAAAUGUUUCUCCCUCACCUGCUUAUCAAGGAUUAAACUGAUAUGCCCAAACAGAGUGGUAUUAAACCCUACAGUCUACUCAAUCUUUUUUUUUAGUCGAGUUGUUAAAUGCUUUUGGUGAAACAAGUGCGUACUUGAGUAAUGCUUCGCUUAAUCUCC